GUAUUGAUUCUGGAAAAUCAAUUCAAGAUGGAGGCUAGGCAAGGUGAAUAGUGGAAUACCAAUUAAUAUUCUAGCUGAAAUCUUGUCAAUAAUGAUCAAUUAGACAAUAGCUAGUUCCAGUUAUAAUACCAAAGUGAGAUUACACACAGCAGCUAUUCAGAUACUGUUAAUGUUAUGCCAGGAACUGUUACUUGCUGUAAAACUGCUGAACUCUCCAAUUAGCAUUCAAUUACUGUAUUGGACUUCUUUAACAGGAGAUGUGUUUCUUUUACUUCUACAAAAUCAGCCUCUGUUAUCUACAAAAGUGUGUUUAGGGAAUUGAAAUUUGACACUGUGAUUAUAUUUAGUAAUAACAAUUCAUCUCCUUUCAUUAAUAUAAAAAGAGUUUCAAUGUUGUAUGCGAAGGGUGUUUGACAUUAGAUGGGAUUAGGGGACAGCAGUUGGGGCUGUGGUGAUGGCGGCCAGCCAUCGAUACAACAAACGAACAGAGUCGUUGCCAAAUACUCUGCCCAAUGCCCUCAUGUUUGGCAAUGGACAAAUUAAUCAUGAAGAAAAUCCAAACUAUCUUGUUUAUAAAAAGAUGGAAGGUAUUGUUGACAGAAUGCAGGAUGAAGCUACUGGGGUACCAGUUAGAACUGUAAAAAGCUUCAUGUCCAAAGUGCCAAGUGUUUUUACAGGGCAAGACCUUAUAUUUUGGAUGAUGAAGAAUUUAGAUGUAGAUGAUCAAGUGGAAGCCCUCCAUUUAGCCCACCUGAUGUCCUCUCAUGGAUAUUUCUUCCCUAUAGAUGACCAUGUUCUUACUGUGAAAUGUGAUAAUACCUACUACAGAUUUCAGACACCCUGCUUUUGGCCAUCUAAGUGUGGUGAACCUGAAAAUACUGAUUAUGCUGUAUAUUUAUGCAAGAGAACAAUGCAGAACAAGCAACGUCUUGAACUGGCAGAUUAUGAGGCGGAAAAUUUAGCGCGGCUUCAGAAAAUGUUUUCACGGAAAUGGGAGUUCAUUUUCAUGCAGGCAGAAGCUCAAGCCAAAGUUGAUAAAAAGCGUGACAAGUUGGAACGCAAGGUGCUUGACAGCCAGGAAAGGGCAUUCUGGGAUGUACAUAGGCCUGUUCCUGGCUGUGUAAACACAACUGAAGUAGAUAUAAAAAAGGCUUGUCGUAUGAACAGACAUUCCAAGAUGUCACGGGUAGGUACCUGGCCAAAUUAUGCUGUCCCUGGUGGUCGACUAAGCCCUAGCGUCUCCGAGGUCGACCUAAAUCAUCCUGCUGAUAGUCUACAUAAAGACCUCUUACAUAAUAUUGAAAUGUUAAAAAAGAAAUUAGAAAAACGAAGAGUAAAGAUUUCCAAAGUAACUGAAAGUUACAUAUCUUACUAUGAGCAGUACGCAGAAUAUGAUGCUUUUUGCACUCCUGCUGACCCAACGAAUCCAUGGAUAACUGACAGUACAGAGUACUGGGAUCAAGAUAAAACUAUGAAUGCUAGAGAUAUACCAUUGCGGCGUGUGAAACGAUGGGCAUUUUCUAUAGAGGAAUUACUGCGAGAUACUGCGGGCAAGGAUCAGUUCAGUAAAUUCCUCGAUAAGGAGUUCUCCGGUGAAAACCUCAAGUUUUGGCUAGCAUGCCAAGAACUAAAAAGUGUGAAAGUUGCUGAAUUACAUGAUAAAGUCCAUGAAAUUUACUCUGAAUUUCUAGCACCUGGUGCCCAUAAUCCUGUGAACAUUGAUGCCAGAAUAGCAGAGUUAGUGAGAAAAAGAGUGGAUGAUAAUCCUAAUAGAUACUGUUUUGCUGAAGCUCAGGACCACAUAUUCAAACUAAUGAAAAGUGAUAGUUAUGGCAGAUAUGUACGUUCAGAUAUGUAUAAAGACUAUUUAAGUGGCACAAGGAAAAAAGUAAGAUUACUCUUGCCAUCCAUAGCGAGCAACUUCACGUUCAAGCAUACCUGACUUCGUGUACCCUGCUAGGAUGUCAUCCUUUGUCGUCUUUCUGCCAUCUUUUUUACUGCUAGUGCCAUUCUUGUUUGAACUCAACUGUCAUAAUAUUAUUGUAGUUGUUUACACACAAACUGACAACAUGUUGUCGUAGUUUUGAGUUACCAGCUGCAGAACUGACUAGAUAUGAGCACUAAACCUAGGAUAAAAUCCCUGACAGAGUCUCCCAUGGUUAGCUUUUCAUAGGCAGACAUAUCCCCUUGCUCUCACCUUUACAGGUUCAAAUUAGAAAUGUGGAAAAAAACAUCAGUAUAGAUUCUAUGUAAGCUAUUAUUUUCUAUUUUUGGACAUUGAAAUAUUCAUUUUGACAUAAUUAUAUCUGAAAAAUAUUUCAUGGAUUUCAUCUGCAUAUGCAAAGUGAGUAUAGGGGCAUUUUGUCAGGAGAAGAUUUUGUCCACACACCAUGAGCACACAACUGCCAUAGUGUUAUUAGAGUUGUACUCAUUCAACUGAUAUAGUGUUAUUAUAGUUUUGAGUGCUUGACUUUCCCAGUUUUUUGUUAUUGAAGUCAUGGCCUCAGAGCUACAAUAAUAACAUAAUAUAGUUCAAAGCACUCUGCAGCCAUAAUUAUACUAUUUGGUUUGAAUUGAUAUGGUUUUAGUCUGAAUGUUUUCGUCUGAAUAAAAAUUUAACUGUCAAAUUCUUUCUUUGAUGAAUCAUCAUAUUGCAUGAUCUGUACUUUUCAAUAUCAGAAUAUUACUUUUUAAAUUUAAAAUGAAUACUACUUUCUAACUGCAUUAUGUCUUGUUUACAAUAUUUUGGACAGUUUUAGACUUUAAUCAUAGUUGUCAUUUGUUAUAGUUUUUGAGCACUUAACUGCCGUAGUGUCAUCAUUGUAGUUCCUGUUUUAAGCACAAAUCUCAUCUUUUUUCACCAUAGAAUGUUUUCUCACUGAUCAGACUGAGUUUCUGAAUAAAAUACUGAUGUGAGAUAAUGUUAUCACGUACUGCAUGUCAUACAGUUGUCUCGGACUACUUUUAUUUAAGUAAGUCAUUGCUUUGCUUGUGCACAAUUUUUGCCAGGAAAAUUACGGAAUGCUGAGCAAAUAAACCUACCACGCCCAUUUAAAUGGGGUAAGGAAAUGCCACUCUUAUCUAAACAGUCAGUAGAGUAUUUUUUGGACAAAUCUCAGCCUAGGUAUAGAAAUCCUAAUAAUUCAAAAACUUACUGAAGCUGAAAACUUCUUACAUUUUGGCUGACGCUGGAUUAGAGAGGUUGUUUGAAGAGAAAAAAAUCUCAUGAGGAUAAUAUUGUUUUGAAGUAUGUUUUUCACUGGCAUCAACAGUUCAGGGAAUUUUAAUUUGGAAAUCUGUCCACCUGUUUAAAUGAAGAGCUUAUUUCUUUGUGCCAAAAAAUAUUUGAAUCUGGCCUGACAUUCUGUUGCAUGUGUGUCACAUGUAAAUAAAGCACUAAUUCCAAUAGUCCUUUUUCUGGCUAGUUCUGAUGAAAACUGCAGGCUUUUAAGUUUUAAAAGAUUGCGCAUACAUUCUCUAUAAUGGUUUUACCAAGGACAUUUGAAACACCGCCAUCUGGUAAAGUAUUCACAUCGUCUGUCAGCAGAGUCUUAUUUGCUUGACAUUUUGAAAAAAAUGUACGUUAGACAUUUGAACAGAAGUUGUUUGAAAUUUGGGUUUUCUAAUGCAGUUGAAACUCUGUAUCACAAUUUUCCAAGGGAUCAAGCAUUUUACUUACAGAUAACAGAAAUUCAACUUAAAAUGAUAUUUUGUACAUGUGUUUUCGGGACCGGACUUGAACAUGUCUUUGAGAUGGCCAGAAUUUUUAUAUAAGCAAGUUCUGUAUAUCGAGUUUCAACUGUCUAUGUAGAUAAAUGUUUUGUGGUCAAGACAUAAUUCUAAAAACAUCACUUUCCACAACUCAUUGUUUUUGUCUUUUUUGAAUGAUUUACUUUUGUACAUUUUGUAAAAUUCUUGCAUCUGCCAUCAUCAUGAUAUGUUAAUUACGUCUAGUUUUUGCUUAUAAUUGUACAUCACCUUUUGCAUAUUUGCAAUAUCUUAUUGAUAAUUGAUGACUAAUGUACUUUCUUGGAUGGGCUUUGAAGAUUUUAACUGCAUGAAAUUGAAGUUUGUCUAUUUUUCCUGCAGUGCCACUGGUUGUAAACACCAAAAAUAAGUAUUAUAGAUUUUUAUGGAGAUACUUUCUAUUUUUAGAUACUGAACAUUUAUUAUCGUUUGGGUUUAAAAAAAUCUUAGAUGUCUAUCAUUGCACAUUAAAGCCAAAAGCUAGAAUGAAAUGUGUGAAAAGGCAUUUCUUUUUAAAAUGUUGAAAGACACUGUAUUUAUUGUUUAUAGAGUGCAGUUUUAUUUUAAUUGUUUAAAAUAAGAUUACUCGAGACAAAUUCCUGUCUUAACCUUAGCCUGCUGGUGGUAACUGAUUCUGCCGUUGCGACCAGUGCCGACCAAGAUCAGCCUGCAAAUCCGUGCAGUCUGAUUAUGGUCUGUACUGUUCGCUGUUCAGUUUGUAAAUUUUCAAUUAAAACCCCUUUGAAUAAUAAAUGGUUUUGCCCAAAUUCAAUGAUGGACCAGUCCAUUUUAGAAAUUUAGCAAGGUAACGGUUAAGUAAAAUGAAAAUGGGAACAAGAAUGCUAUUCUUAUUUUGUUUAUGUUUUGUUGGCUUUGUUGUUGCAGAAGUUUGAAUUGUUGACUGAUAAAGUCAUUUAUGUCAUAACAUGUUUAAAGGUUUUUUUUUACUAAAAAGUAGAAACCUACUGUUGUACCAUUUGAUUUUUAAAUAUUUCACCGAGUGCAUUGGUUAUUAUUUACUGUUGAUUAAGAUAGGUACUCCACAAUCCAUUAUCCUACUUGUUAAUGUAAACUUAUGUAAACAGCAUGUCUUUUGUAAAGUUUGAUACAGUCUGUUACAGUCUUGAAAGGACCGUUUUCUGAUUUGUUCAAUGAUUCCAAAAUACAGACAUACACCUGAUAAUCAACAAACAUAGAAUCUAUACUGCCUGUCAAUGUGUUGGAAGCCUUCACCCAACAUUCAUGUUAAGAGAUCUGCUUUAUUCAGAUUUUCCAGUGAACUUGAAGUUAGGAAAAACAAAAACUGUCAACUUUUUUCUCAAGAACUUUUCAAUAGGCUACCUCUUUGAGUCCAUAUUGUAGCAUCUAUGAAUCAUUCUUUAAAAAGUUAUUUGCAGCUCCAUCUACUUGCUUAGGUGAGCAACUUAGUUCCAGUUUUAUUUUCUUAUUUUCAGGGUUAAUUUGCAUGUACUAUCCUAUUUUAACUUUACAGUAUCAUAAACUUUUUAAUUUUUAAAGGUAUAAAAGACUUAUUUAUGCUGAGAAUGUAAUUUAACAAAGAAUGUUUGAAUGAAGAUUUUUAUUUAUUUGACUGCCAUUCCUGCUUGACUUGUUUUGCUCUGUAUUACCUCUAGAUGAAUGUGAUAUAUUUUUAUUUAGUAGAUAGCAUAGAGAUUGCUUACUUGUAGGCACAGGAGUCUGAAAGUCUAUCAGUAAGACUCCUGAAGUCUAUCUUUAAAAAGAAAAUAUACUCUAUAUAUAUAGAAAGAGAGGAGGUGGGUAAUGCAGGGUGUUUAUUUUAUAUAUAGGGUAUAUUUAUUAAAAGAUAGACCUCUGGAGUCUUACUGAUAGAAUUUCAGACUCCUGUGCUUGUAGGAUAUCUUUGUAUGAAUUGCCCUUAGUGUCCCUAGGGUUUCCAUGUUUUAAUAUUCUGUUAUUAUCCACAAUAAUUCCUAUAUAAACAUAUAUGAAGACAAGGUGAAUAUUAUUCUAUGAUGAGAUAUAAUUGGCAGUAACAUGUUACCCCUUCAGAUUAUAACCUAGAGAUUCUACCUCCAUUGCCAUUGUAUGGUGCCAAUAAAAUCUCAUAUUGUUUCAUGGUGGGAGCAUUAAACAUGUUUUGGCCUGUGCAGAAAUCCUCAUAAGGAAGUUUACUAAGGUACAAAUCAGGGAUGAUGUCCAGACAGUGUGACGUCAUACACAAGUUAAGACAAUAUCACUGGGGCUACAAAACCUUUGCAAAUUUCUUUGUUUCACAAAUACUGUGUGCAUUGUAAGGUCACGUCAAAAUUCUGGUAUGCAAUGCAUUCUAAUAGGGACAUGUAACCUGUUGAUGUUUAAGGUUUAUGAGCUAAAAUAUGAUGCAACAGCUGCUGUGCUCUAAUGACAUAAAUGUACUAAAUAUUUGCACAAUUAAUGGAUCUAUGUUCAUUUGUUUUACCAGUGAAUAAAACACAGGCAGUUAGUCAGAAAACACAGGCAGUUAGUCAGAUGAAAAUCAAAUCAUCCGUGUUAUAUGUUAUGAGCAAAUGAUUUUGUUAAUACAAUUCUGCCUGUAUUUUAUUAACUGAUAAAGUAAAGGAACAAUUUUAUUAUUUCUUAAGUGCAGUGCAGCCUGUCUAGAGUGAAAUUAAAUGUAUUUAUUGUACAGAUGUAAUAACUCAGAAUGGGUUUCACUAAGAAAUUUGUACUCAUCACUACAUACAGGGUUGCACGUAACAAUAUAAAAUCCCUAGAAACAGCUGCACUCAGAAGAGAUUUUAGCUGCAUUAUUAUGAAUGUGUUUUGUUAAAGUUUUGUCUCACCUUUGUCUAGACACCCUAUAUGUGAAGCACUUGUUUUAAUGCACAAUGUGACAAUGUCACUGUAUCUGUUUCACUGGUAAGUUUCUAAGAUAUACCUUUAUCACAGGCAUGUGAUAUAUUUUUGAAUUUACAUGUUAAAAAAUGCCCUAAUGACACAGUAUUACAAAAUUUGGAUUUAAAUGAUUGUAAUUUAUCAUAUUUCCUUACUUUGUCAAGAAGUAUGUCCAUGUUUACCAUAGGGUCUUAGUGACUUGAAUGUUAAGGCAGCUGACCAGAUUACUUGCCCCCAUCCCCACCUUCAAUCCUGUUUCCGUUGUUACGUGAGGAAGCCAUCAUGCUGGCUUACUGAAGCUUAGUGGUUCUACCAAAGUGCCCAUCACUGCCAAACAUUAUACGCAUAGCAGCACUUGGUUUUUUCCUCUACCAUUAAAAGAUAGAAAGUAACCACAUGACCUGGACUAUUAGCUAUAUCAGUAUGACUUACAAUCCAAAAAUAUUGACAAUAUCUUGGGUUAUUUUACACACAUGCAUAUGACAUGUGUAUUAUAUGUGUGUGUGUUUGUGUCCCAGUAUGCUAUCAGUGCAAAUAUUUUAGUUUAUUAUGUUGUAAGAGGUAAUUGGUAAGAUUGCAAUAGAGAUGAGAGAUAUCUAGUUCAGAUGUGAGCAUGCAGGGUUACAGGGAACUUAUUCAUUGUAAUGCAUGUUUAAUUUACAAAUACCAUUAAACCAGCUUAUUUUAUUUUCUUUUUAAAGACUGGUUUUAUCAUAGUAGUUUACCUAUCCAGCAUUGUUUGUCACUUUAUUGCCAUUUCUAUCCACAAACAUAUCUUUCUUCACCUUGUAUGAAUACAUACAUUUAAUAUACUUUUAAUAACCAUUUCAAGUUUUCUGACAUAUUGUUUGUAAAAAGUAAGUAUUACGUCACAAUCAUGAUCUUUUAAGAAGACUAACUGAAAAUGGUUCGGUUGGUAUGAGUGUGCGAACUUUUUAAUGUCUUGCCAGUUAUAUGGAAUAUGAACAGAAGAUAGCUGUCCCUUAUUAUUUAUAACAGAACUUCACCCCCCACCCACCUACACACACACUUAAAGAAGAGGGUGUGUAUUGUUUUGUUUAUUGUCAAGUCUGUCAGCUGUUCUGUUGGUUCAUCCAUCGAUAGAUCAUUAGAAAUUUUUUGUCUCUGACCAAUAACCCUCACAGCUUCAUUAUAUGAUUGCUUGUGGUAAACUAAUGACCCCAAUUGUUUUAGGGGUUAGUAAGUCAAAGGUCAAGAUCACUGUAACCUCAAGACUUGAAACUUUCUGCUCAAUAACAAAAGAAUGCUUUGGUCUGCUUUCGUUCAACUUCAUAGAAUGAUUGCAGUCAGUAGAUGACCCUUCUGUUUUGGGGGUUGAUAUGUCAAAGGUUAAACUUCAUAAUGUUAUUGCCUGUGGUAAGUAGAUGAUCCCUAUUGUCUUGGGAGUCAGUAGGUCAAAAGUCAAAGUCACAUUGACCUGGAGACUAAAAAUGGUUUCUGCUCAACAGUCAAAAAAUGCUUUGGCCUACAAUUAUCAAACUUUGUAGAACAAUCGCCUGUGGUCAAUAGAUGAGCCUUAUUAUUUUGGUGAAUAGUCAGAAAAAGGCCAAACUUCAAAGGAUAGGUCAACGGUCAAGAUCAUAGUGAUCUCUUGCCUUAAAAUGUUUUUUGCUCAAUAAUCAAAGGCUGCUGUUGCUGUCAAGUUUUCAUAGGAUGAUUGCCUGUAAUUACUGGAUAAUCCCAGUUGUUUCUGAGGUUAUUUGUUAAGGGCAAGGUCACAGCAUACAAAAUUACAAACCUACUGACCUCUGAUAGGCCAUAAUGGUGGGGGCAUAUUUGUUUGUUAAUAUUUUACUUUUCAUUCUAUCUUUUUCUAGAUUUCUUUUUAGCUCACCUGUCACGUAGUGACAAGGUGAGCUUUUGUGAUCGCCCUCGUCCGUCGUCUGUCGUCCGUUCACAAUUUCUUGUGAACACGAUAGAGACCACAGUUUGCAAUCAACUUUAAUAAAACUUGCACACAACUUGCAUUGGCAUAAUAUCUCAGUUGCUUUCGAAAACUGGCCAGAUCUCAUCAUGGGUUUCAGUGUUAUGACCCCAUAGGCCAAAAUUUACUAUUUUUUGCUUGUGAACACGAUAGAGACAACAUUUUGCAAUCAACUUUAAUCAAACUUUCACACAACUUGUACUGGCAUAAUAUCUUGGUUCUUUUCGAAAACUGGCCAUAUCCCAUCAUGGGUUCCAGAGUUAUGGCCCCUUAAAGGUCCAAAAUUUGCUAUUUUGGCUUUUGCAGCAGCCAUAAAGAGACUUCAUUUAUGGUUUGAUUUGAUACAAACUUGCAAAAUAUCUUCAACAACAAUAAAUCUUGGAUUCUGUCAGAUUCAGUCAUAGGUUCUGGAGUUAUUUUAUAUUGAUUACUUCCCUUGAUUUUAAUCAAAAUGGAUUUAUAUCAAUAAGUACCUAUAGGACUCAUUUGAAGUUUCAGUAUUGUCAUUAGUUGGACCGAGACAAUCAGGGUAGAUAACUAUGGACUGAUUUUAUGUCAAAUCACCUCCCUUUAUUUCAAAUUAAAAUGGGUAUAUCUCCGUACAUAAUGAAGAUACUGAUCUGAAAUUUCAUUUAUGCCAUCAGAUGGACUUGGACAAUCAGUGAAGAUACAUAUUGACUGAAUUUAUGACAAUUUACCUCCCUUUAUUUUUUAUGUAAAUAAAUAUACCUAGCAGCUUCUAAUGAAAUUGGUUUGAAACGUUAUUUAUGUCUUCCAUGGUAAGAAAUUUCUACUUUUACUUACUUUUCUAAUAUAUUGUUGUAAAGGCUUGUACUCUGUAUCUUCUACAUGCAUAUACCAAUGCAUGAUUACUUCCCCUGAUUUUAAGAAAAAUUGAUAUAUCUCAGUGAGUAUUUAUAUGACUCAUUUGAAAUUUCAUUAUUGUCAUAAGUUGGACUGAGACAAUCAGGGUAGAUGAGUAUGGACUGAUUUUAUAUCAAAUUACCUCCCUUUGUUUCAAAUUAAAAUGGGUAUAUCUCUGUAACUAAUGAAGAUACUGAUCUGAAAUUUCAUUUAUGCCAUCACAUGGACUUGGACAAUCAGUUUAGAUACAUAUUGACUGAAUUUAUGACAAAUUACCUCCCUUUAUUUUUUAUGUAAAUGAAUAUACGUUAGCAGCUUCUAAUGAGAUUGGUUUUAAAUGUUAUUUAAGUCUUCCAGGGUAAGGAAUAGUCAUGCUAGUACAAAAAUGCAGCUUUUGAGCCUAGGACCCUCAAACUUGGUAUGGAGAUUGGCCCUGACUAGUACGUGACCCAUAGGUCAAAAGGGACUGUUACAAGAAAAUAUUUAUCCUGAUGAUAUUUAAUGUGUAUGCCUAUGUGAUCUAUGUCAAAACUCGAUCUGAUCAUUAAGAACAAUGGUACUCAGGUGAGCAAUAUAGGGCCAUCAUGGCCCUCUUGUUGUUGAUACAUAUAACAUGCAACAUGAACAAACACAACAGCACAAACCAUCAAAUCAUUUUUAGCUUGACUAUAAAAAUAUAUGGAAAGCUAUCUUACUUGCCCUGGCAAUGCCAUCAUUGUUGUGGUUUAUGUCCACAUCCACAGCUGAAGUUAAAGUUUUAAUGCACUGCCACUUUAUCGCUGUUAUUACUUGAUGGAUUUGCUUCAAAUUCCUCUUCAUAUGACAAAAGGGCAGUAACUCUCAUACCAAUAUUUCAUUAAGUGUGUCCGCCUUUACAUUUAGAAUUUCAUAUUAAAGUUUUGAUACACAGAUACUAUUUAUGUCUCCCACCACACAGUGGUGUGGGAGACAUAUUGAUUUACUUCUGUCUGUGUGUGUGUUUGUGUCUGUCACAAAUCUUGUCCGCACUCUAAGUCCAACAUUUCUCAUCCGAUCUUCACCAAACUUGAAUAAAAUGUGUUUGCCAAUAAAUCCUCGUCCAACUUCGAUAACUAGUCAGAUCAGCCCAGGCACUUCAGAAUUAUGGCCCUUUAAACUUGUUUUCUGAUAAUCAAAGCAAUGAAAGUCUGAUAGGGCAGUUGAGGUCUUGGUGCAUGGUUGUCUCAUAUACUACUAUUCAGAUGAUUAGGCAGUUGUGGGAGAUAUAUGCUUUUCUCAAAAGCAUCUGUAGUUCUCUGUUAAUAUUUAAUAGAUUGAUGUAAGCUUAAAAUAAUUAUUCCAUAAUCACCCACAUCAUUUUUCACAGGGUGCAUGGCUGUGUCAGAAAUAUUCUAUUAGUUAUGUCCCUUAUAUUCUUAGAAAUUCUGGUUAAUAUUGAAUCAGAAACUGCCAAGAUGUUUUAGAUAGUGCAGUAAGUGGUACUGACAUUUUUGUGACUUAAGGUCACAAUUUUUCUUACUUUGAUAUUCCUUGUUAAACAAAUGGAUGCUCACUAAGAACCAUUGUGAAUUUAUACAGAUUUUUUUCCCCCUGAACAUCUGUGAUCACAUAUUCUGAGUGAAAUCCAGUACUUGGUUCCAUCUGAUGUAACUGAUGGGGUUUUAAUUUUGAAGAAUAACAGAUUAAAUCGUGAUGUGAAUUUCGUUGCAGAGUAAGAAGCGUUUGGUACCGCUGGAGAUUAGAAAAAUGACAGCAUUAUGACAUCAUCGGGCUGUGAUUUUGUGCAUGUCAACAAUUCCCCGGCUGGCAGUAGUCCAAAUUAAAACCACAUGCAUGGGCUGCAUUGUAUGCAUGGCUAGAUACAUGGUUUUUUAAGUAGUACAGAAUGUUAAUUGAAACCCAUGUUCUCAUGUAUUUUGAUAGGAUCUGUAAACAACUUUUUACAGAUUUUUUUUUUUUUUGGUAAGUUUAACGUUUUUAUCCCUCAGAAAGGUGUUAAAGUAAAUUUAAUUUAUGUACCGGUAUACAUACUUUUUUCUUUUGUUGUUAUUUUAAGUAUUUUGCCAAGUGAGGUUUCAGUUGGAUUUUUUUCUUACCAUCAAGAUCCUUGAAGAAUUUAUAAUUUAACGGUUAUUACUGUCUUGAAAUAUUUCAGUUAAUUUGUUACCUUAGUUAUAGACUAUAGUAUCUGUCCCUGUAGUAACAUACAGUUACCAGGAUAUAGCACCAGGGUGACAGCAUUCAUCUGGAAGAACUAUCUCAGUAAUGGUGCUAAAAUCAUUACCAGUAAACAAAAAGCAACAACUUUUAUUUCUUGUUAAAUAAUUUGAUAUUUGCAGUAAUACUCAUAUGUAUUGUUGGACAGUGUUGACUUUGUAUUUUGUGCUUGCAGUAAGUUGGAUCUGAAAUACAAGAAUUCAGUUAAAUUUCUGUUUGGAAGUAAAACAAACUUUGACCCAUUGAAAAAAAAAACAUACCAUAGUUUUGUCAUUUGCUGAAUUACUUGUGCCAUUUAACCCUUACCCUGCUAAAUUUCUAUAAUGAACUUGUCCAUUCAAUGUGGACAGUACCAUAAACUGUUAAAAGGGGUGUUUACCAAAAGAAUACUGAUCGAAUGGCAAUCAGUGCAGAUCAUGAUCAGACUUCACAGAUGUGCAGGCUGAUCAUGAUCUACACUGGUCGUAAAGGCAGAAUCAGUUUUGUCCAGCAUGAUAAGGGUUAAUUAUUCCCCUUCCAUGUUUCAUUUAUAGUUUGCCCUCCAUCCGUUUCUCACACAAAGUGGGAUCCUGCGAUUAGACAGUUUUGCAUUAAACAUGAUGGAUAGAUGAAAAUACAGAGAAUAUUUACAUCUUUAUUUCAUCGUUAUGGCCACAAAUGUGAUUGCUAUGGCAUUAAAUAGUCCAAAACUAUGACAAAAAGUGGAAGUCUGCGAUAACUGAAAACAAUUUAUUCCUGAAACUAAGACAAAAAGCCAUAACUUAAAAAAUACAACAGAUUUUUUUAUGAAACUUGGGACAUAGAUAGAAAGUAAUAUAGAGAAUGUGCAUAUGAUUUGAUUUGGAAGCUUGUUCAUAGAUGAUGCAUAUUUUUGGAGAAUAUGAAAAUCCUUCAUUUAAGUUUCAUUAUAAAAAAUAAGGUUCCUAUGGCAGCAAAUAUGACAAAUUCCUCUUCCAUUAAGGGACUUCUAUUGCUGGUCAAUAGUCUUGUUUUAACUCUUUAAUUUUGCCCCCCUUCGAAGAAGGAGGGGGUAUAUUGUUUUGCAGAUGUCGGUAUGUAGACCAACUGGUUUCCAGAUGAUAACUCGAGAACGCUUGGGCCUGAAAGUUGAUAGGGAGGUUGAUCAUGACCAGCGGAUGACCCCUAUUGAUUUUGAAGUCAGUAGGUCAAAGGUCAAGGUCACAGUGACCCGGAACAGUUAAAUGGUUUCCAGAUAAUAACUCAAGAACGCUUGGGCCUAGGAUCAUGAAAGUUGAUAGAGAGGUUGUUUCUGACCAGCAGAAGACCUCUAUUGAUUUUGAGAUCAGUAGGUCAAAGAUCAAAGUCACAUUGACCCGGAACAGUUAAACAGUUUCCGGAUGAUAACUCAAGAACACUUAGGCCUAGGAUCAUGAAAGUUGAUUGGGAGGUUGGUCAUGACCAGCAGAUGACCCCUAUUGAUUUUGAGGUCAGUAGGUCAAAGGUCAAGGUCACAGUGUACUGGAACAGUUAAAUGGUGUCCAGAUGAUAACUCAAGAACGCUUGGGCCUAGGAUCAUGAAAGUUGAUAGAGAGGUUGGUCAUGACCAGCAGUUGACCUCUAAUGGUUUUGAGGUCAGUAGGUCAAAGGUCAAGGUCAAAGUGACCCGGAACAGUUAAACAGAUUCCAGAUGAUAACUCAAGAACGCUUAGGCCUAGGAUGACGAAAGUUAAUAGGGAGGUUGAUCAUGACCAACAGAUGACCCCUAUUGAUUCUGAGGUCAGUAGGUCAAAGGUCAAGGUCAUAUUGAUGCAGAACAGUAAUUUUUUUGCCAAAUAACUAGAGAAUGCUUUGGUGAAAGAUCACAAUUGAUACAGAGGUAAUAUUGACUGGUAAAUGACCCAUAAUUAUUGAUUUGAGGUGAGUAUGUCAAAUGUCCAGUGCACAGUGACCAAAUAAUUUCUGUUCCUUGUGCAGUUACUGAAUGCAUCAAGGGGGGCAUUUCGUGAUCUACGAGCUCUUCUUCACUAUUUCUUUAAAUUACCUUUUUACCUUUAAGUUUUAGGCAGUUUUCAAAGAAGUAAGGUGAAUGUAAAUGUGUACUAGUAGAAAUCUUUAUGGUGGAAAUUAUGUACAAAGUUAACAAUAACUGUUUAUACAUGUAUUGGUGCUGUCAGUAUCAGAUAUGAAACUUGUCAGGCUAAAUAAAAUAGAUCAUUUGUUACAUUUUGUAGUUUUCUGUACUUUUAUGUCUUUUCAUUAAAAGUUAAUAUUCACCUGUAAAAUGAUGGAUUUCAUCCAGUAAUAAAUUAUAUAAAGCCACUGUUGUCAUGACUGUAGUACUGUGAUACCUCAAGUAUUCGAGUCAACUUACAUCAUAAACCAGUGUUCCAUGAGAACUUACUAGAAAUGGGUUACCUUAAGUUUUGCUAACAUGUAAUUUAGCUUCUUGAAACAUAUGACUGUUGGAAAACAAACAAUUGUCAUAAUUGUGGCAUUUUAAGCACUUAACCUUUACCCUGCUAUAUUUCUAAAAUGGACUGGUCCAUCAUUCAAUCUGGGUAGUACCACUUAUCAUUCAAUGGGGUGUUCACUGAAAAUUUACUGACUGAAUAGCGGACAGUGCAGACCAUGAUCAGACUGCAUGGAUGUGCAGGCUGAUCUUGGUCUGCACGGGUCGCAAAGGCAAAAUUAUUUGCCGCCAGCAGGCUAAAGGUUAAAGAAACUACUGUCAUGACUUCCCAGUUUUAAGAAUUUAAAGAAACUAUGUGGUACCUUAUCCACUUAAGGCUGUGGUAUCAUGGCUGUGGCAGUGGUAUGUUAUGCACUUGGAGAGCUUAUUGCCAUGGCUGUGGUACCUUAAGCACAGGGACUCCUCAACAUGCUAUGAUAAACUUUUAAAUGUUUUUUUUUUAAUGAAAUUCAAGAACUGAUUUGUAAACAAAUAUCACACAUCACACAUAAAACAUGAUAUAAUUUUAUAUAAAGAGACUCUUUAUAUAUGUUUAUGUGUGAUUUGUUUAUUUUUUUUUACAAAUUAGUUCUUGAAUUUCAUUAAAAAAAACAUUUAAAAGUCUAUCAUAGCAUGUGACGAAUCCCUGUGACCUUAAGCACUUGAAGAACCCAUUGGCUCAGCUGUUGUACCUUUAACACUUGAGGAGCCUAUUGUCAUGGCUGUGGUACCUUAAGCACUUGAAGAGCUUAAUGUCAUGUCUGUGGUACCUUAAGCACUUGCGGAGCCUAAUGUCAUGUCUGUGGUACCUUAAGCACUUGCGGAGCCUAUUGUCAUGUCUGUGGUACCUUAAAAACUUGCGGAGCCUAUUGUCAUGUCUGUGGUACCUUAAGCACUUGAAGAGCUUGUUGUCAUGGCUGUGGUACCUUAGGAACUUGAAGAACCUAUUGUAAUGGCUGAGGUACCUUAAGCACUUGAAGAGCCUAUUGUCAUGGCUGAAGUACCUUAAGCACUGGAAGAACCUGAUGUCAUGGCUGCCGUACCUUGAGUACUUGAAGAACCUAAUGUCAUCGCUGUUGUACCUUAAGCACUCAAGGAGCCUAUUGUCGUGGCUGUGGUACCUAAAACACUUGAAGAGCUUGUUGUCAUGGCUUAAGCCUAUUGUUGUGACUUAGGUACCUUAAUAACUUGAAGAACUUAAUGUCAUGGCUGUGGUACCUUAAGCCUUUGUAGUACAUAUUGUCAUGCCUGUGGUAACUUAAGCACUUGAAGAGCCUAAUGUCAUGGCUGUGAUACCUUAAGCACUUGAAGAGCCUAAUGUCAUGGCUGUAGUACCUUAAGCACUUGAAGAGCCUAAUGUCAUGGCUGUAGUACCUUAAGCACUUGAAGGGCCUAAUGUCAUGGCUGUAGUACCUUAAGCACUUGAAGAGCCUAAUGUCAUGGCUGUAGUACCUUAAGCACUUGAAGAGCCUGAUGUCAUGGCUGUAGUACCUUAAGCACUUGAAGAGCCUGAUGUCAUGGCUGUAGUACCUUAAGCACUUGAAGAGCCUAAUGUCAUGGCUGUAGUACCUCAAGCACUUGAAGAACCUACAGGUUUUGUCAUGACUUUGGUACCUUAAGCUUUUUAAAGAAAUUGACGUCAAAAAUUUGGUACUGUUAGCACUUAAAAAAUCGUUAUUGUUACAUACAUGUUAGUUGUUCCAAUCGUUUCAUCAAAGAAUAUACAGGAAGCAAUUAAAAGUUAACUGCACUUUGACAUUAAAUGUUUGAGAAAGUAAGGUAAUCAUACCUUAUUCUUAUUGGGAAAAUUGUCCUAGCUUUCAGAUUGAAAAAUAAAUUGUAAUUACUGCAAUUUUGAUACCAAUUGUUUUGGAAUUAAGGUUCCUUAAAUCAAACGUAUACUGAUGUAUGUGUCACAAAUAUUACAUCCAACUCUGUUACUUACCAUGUGUUAGCUGAAUGUGAGAGUUAUGAUUAAGUAAGAAACUAGGCUGUUCCAUUUCAUCAUUUAUUCAUAUAUUUCUAAAUUGUAGUCCAGAGUCAUGUUUUUUCACUAGGGUUUACUAAUUUGAAGUAAAUUGUGUAUUUGUUAAUUGUUGUAAUAUGUCAGAACUGCUGAAUGAUAUAUGCCCAUAUGACAGUUGGCCUAUACUGGAAAUAGAAAGUAUUCUGUAUUCCAGGUUUAUUUAAAUACAACGAAGUCUGCCUCUGUUAUGUUCCACAUGCACGCAUUUCAACAAUAAAGGCAUGUUUGAUUUGAUGAUACAUAACUUAAAGGAGUUACCUAAAUUUUAGUAACAAGUAAAUUCAUUCCUAAACAAAUUGUUGAAAUGUUGCUAUUUAUAAUAGGGACGUAGCCAGAAGCUAAAAAAAAAAACACUUGGGCAAAACAUUCCUGUGACAUCUGGGGUAGGAUCCUGCCUCUAUGUCUCGUAAUUAUUGAUUAUAUGAUGUUCUGCAAAGUAAGUUAAAAGAGAACCUUUUAGAUAAAUAUAUUAGGAAUUUAUUUAUUGGCAUUUCAGAGCUUUUUAAGUCAGGUCAGUGCUAAAAUUGAGCUAUUUUGUCCCUUGAAAUUAACAGAUGUGAAAAAUCUGUGCUACUUUACAUUUCUUUAUCUGCAGUAUAAGAAUAUUAGUGUACAAACACUCAGUUAAAGGGGUCAUUGUAUAAAUUGAUUAACACAUAUUUUAGAUAUACUGUUAGAUUUUUAUUAUGAAAUAGCAACAUGUAUUUGUUGUCUGAUACCCUCUCUCAGACAUUAACUGUCACCCAUGCCUGUUUGUAUAUAAACACAUCAGUAUAUAAGCACAUUAGAAUAACACAAUCUUCCUUACCAGUUGUGCUUUUUGUUUAGACUUUUAGGUUUGUUCUGCAGUAAACUUAAGUAAAAGAUGGAGGCAUCUGUGUCCUGUGAACACAAGUUUAAGCAAUGCAUGUAAUUUAAAGUAGGUGCUGAGAUACACAUUUUAUCAGAAACCAUGUCACAGCCAUUUUAAUUAAAAACUAUAUAUAUGUUGGAGCCAUUUUGAAAAUUUGAAAUAUACUUUUUGUCAGAAAUCAUGUGAGAGUUAUUUUGAAAAAAGUAACAGUUAGUUUGUUACGAAAGCUUUAACGAAAAAAGUAACAAUUUUCUCUCUUAUUGUACUCUAUUAAUAUGUUGAUUAAUAUGUUGAUUUUUUAUAUAGCAAGUAGAUAGUUCUUAAAACUUUUUUAUGGACAAUUAAUUUUAUACAGUAUACACAAUUUUGUUUUUACAUUUUUUCCUCGCUUGAAGAUUUUUUAUAAAAUUAAGCUAGAGGAUUAGAAAUACCUGGGAGUAAAUAUCAGUGUAUAUGUUUUCUCCCAUUCUACUGCCUUUCUUUACUUUUAGACAUAUUGAUAUGUAAAUAUAGUUAGAAAGUAAAUUGUUUCUGUUUUUGAAGCCUCAAGAUGAUGUAAAACUUGUUUUGCUCACCUGAGCUUUUUGCUCAUUUAGGCAUUGUCACUGUGCUCCACCUGAGCUUUUAGCUCAUUUAGGCAUUGUCACUGUGCUCCACCUGAGCUUUAGCUCAUUUAGGCAUUGUCACUGUGCUCCACCUGAGCUUUAGCUCAUUUAGGCAUUGUCACUGUGCUCCAUCUGAGCUUUACGCUCAUUUAGGCAUUGUCGCUGUGCUCCACCUGAACUUUAGCUCAUCUAGGCAUUGUCACUGUGCUCCAUCUAAGCUUUUAGCUCAUUUAGGCAUUGUCACUGUGCUCCACCUGAGCUUUAGCUCAUUUAGGCAUUGUCACUGUGCUCCAUCUGAGCUUUAGCUCAUUUAGGCAUUGUCACUGUGCUCCACCUGAGCUUUUAGACAUUGUCACUCACAGUGCUCCACCUGAGCUUUUAGCUCAUUUAGGCAUUGUCACUGUGCUCAAUCUGUGCUUUUAGCUCAUUUAGGCAUUGUCACUGUGCUCCAUCUGAGCUUUUAGCUCAUUUAGGCAUUGUCACUGUGCUCCACUUGAGCUUUAGCUCAUUUAGGCAUUGUCACUGUGCUCCACCUGUCUGUCUGUCUAUCAACAAUUUACAUAUGUAGCAAAGUCACUUUCGGCUGGUUUUGUUUCUUAUCAAGGAAAUGUCAAAUGGUAGGUGUCAAGGUCAUACAAGUAGCAGCCUAAUCUCUCUAUAAAUUUUACCAAAAGUUUGUUCAGACUAGGUCAUAAUUUAAGCACCAUUGUUCAAGCAGUAAUAAACUAUACAGACCAAGAGUUACUUCUUUCUUAGGUGAGUGACGAAGGACUUGUGGUUCUCUUGUUGUAAAACAACAUACAAAGCAAUAAUAUAAUAGACCUGCUUAUGAAAGCUUUGUCUUAGUCUUGUGAAAAUUGAAUUUUAAUUGUUAAUGCAUGUAUGCUUGUUAAUAUAUUGUGAGUGAAUGACUGACUACAAUGUCACUUGUUAUUUAUUUUAACAUAAUUUUGAUAAUUGUGUAUAUUUGCGAAAUUUUUGUGUUCUUCUGCUACUGUAUUUUUUACAUAAUGAUCAGUUUUUAUUCUAUCUCAUGUGUUAAAAUGAUAUUUUAAGAUUGUCAGUAGGAAAUUAUUGUAAAAAAAAACAUGAUAACUGACUUAAUAAAAUGUUAUUCAUACUGA